CCCUUUGCACAUCUCAGCGGAACUAGACUGACCCAGCCGCAAGUUUCUCUUUGUUGCAUUCAGCCCGUCAUUGUAGUGCACAUCCCUGACCGAGGUGCCCGGUCUUCGCCCGGGUCUGGGCUCCUCGCCUUUGCACUACGUGUUGACAGCAUUCCCUGAUCUGUAGUGUUAGAGGGCCGGUGGGGAAGGGAAAGGUUGUGUGGGCUGGAGUGGAGAUCAGGGGGGUCUUGGAGGCUUCAAGGGGGCUAGGCUGACUCGACGAUGUCCACUGGCUCUGUGAGCGACCCGGAGGAGUUGCCUGACAUGGAACUGCGUGGGCUGCAGCUGGCUUACCCAGCUCCAACACCCACCAAGCGGCCGACUCGCCGGGGAGGCAGCAGCAGCGAGCUCUACCCCUCCGCGGACAACUCCUCUGCGGAAGAAGACGAGGACGAGGACGCCGAGGAGGAAACUUGCACCCUGGCAGCGGUCCGCGGGUCCAGCGGCAGCUGCAAAAGGAAACGGACUCGGGGAGCUGCGGGAGGCGGCGGAGGGUGCGGGAGCAGCGGCAGCGGAGGCGGUAGCAACUGUAGCAAGAAGUCUCUGCUGCCCAAGGGCUCAACCGCUGAGUGCAAGCAAUCGCAAAGAAACGCGGCCAACGCCAGAGAGAGGGCCAGGAUGCGAGUGCUAAGCAAAGCCUUUUCCAGGCUCAAGACCAGCUUGCCCUGGGUACCCCCUGACACCAAACUCUCCAAACUGGACACACUUAGACUGGCCUCCAGCUACAUAGCACAUCUCCGUCAGCUGCUGCAGGAAGACAGAUAUGAGAAUGGUUACGUGCAUCCCGUGAAUCUGACGUGGCCAUUCGUGGUUUCAGGAAGACCAGACGGUGAUACCAAAGAUGUUUCAACAACCAACAGAUUAUGUGGAACUACAGCUUAAAUUGAAGGACUGUCUAAUCAACUUAAUUGUAUUAUUUUUAAAACUUGUGUUCUUUGGGGGCCAAACAAAUGGUAACAAUAAGCUCUCUCCUUAUAGGUUAAUUUUUCCCCCUUUUUAACUGGAGAGUUGGAGAAAUAUAGGGACUGGAGUAUUACAAGGAAUGGUGAAAUGAGACCCACAGGGUAGAUUAGGAAGGAGUUAAAUGAGACUUUCUCUGAAUAACCUAAAGGAACCAAAGCCCUGGACUGCAAUAACCUAUUUCUCCUGUAAUGUUCUCAGUACUACUCCCCCUUCUCCCAUCCCACCCCUCCAGGAUUUGUCAUAAGAUCAUUUAGAACGAUUCAGGAAUACUCUCUACUUUGUAUCUAGCAGGUAGAGAGAUCAAACCCAGACUCAGUGUCUGUCUCUAAAACUCACCAGAACAGUGUUAUUUGCACUCCAUUGGCAACAGUAUUGUAAUAUAAUGUCAUUUAGAAAUCAGAAGCAGAUUGAUAAUAUAUUUGCUUGUUACCCCUUUAGAGCUUCUACCUUAUGCAGCAAUGCAUAAGUACCGCAGUGUUUUUACUAUCUUUUGAAGGAACAUAUGUUUCAUGGAACACAUACUAGGUUCCUAUUAACUUACCCAAUAUAACUAGAACAGUUUUUAACAUUCCAAUUUCUGCACCGAAUAUGUUCAAGAGUUGGUCUCAUUCCUCUCACAAUUCCCCUCUUCCUCACAUUCCCCCUACUUGGAACCAGAGUAUUUGGAGCUAAAAGGGGCCUUAGAUGAAGGACAACCCUCUCAUUUGGUAGAGGGAGUAGUGAAUGAGAAACGUGAAGUGAUUUGUUCCAGGAGCUGAACCCAAACCCUUGGAGAGCAAAUUGCAUAGCCUUUCCAGAGCACUGCCCCACAAGCAGUGGCCAUGCCUUUAUACUUAAUUUAUAAAAGGAAAUCAUUCCCUUUUUUAAAGAAAGGAGUAAGAGCCAAUACUCCCUGAGGUAAAAUUCAUUGCUUGAUUUCAACUCAGACCUAACCCAGAGAAAAGAACUUUACAUAAAAUACUGUUUAAAACUCUUUUGGUGGCCUGGGAAGGAAGGUUGGGUUUGUUUACAUUAUUACAAGUCAAGUUUUUGUUAUGUUUUUGCUUUGGGGCUGAUAUCCUACUGUACCGAGAAAUUGCCCUCAUGAUGAGUAGCAAAUGUAAAUAACUUUAUUUUUGUAUGAAUAACAUUAAAAUCAUCAUAGUGAGGAGCCA